UAGUUUAUCACAGCGCGUGCAACGGUGUGCCGGGGAGCGCAGCGACUAACACGGCGAUGUUGAGGGUUGAUUAAAAAUUAAAACAAAGUUUUAAGACUGAGGAAUCUGAACCCUGGACAGUCAGUCUUUUUGACUCUUUUCAUACCAGGAUCGUUUUAAAUAUUCAAGGACGGUGUGUGUGGGUUUUUUUUUUUUUUUUUUUUCUUCUUUUUUUUUCUAGCUUCUGUCAGAAGCGGAGUUGAAGCAGCCAAUGCUUUUACACCAGUUCAUGAACAGCACGCUCGAAGCUAUGCACCCAACAGGAAUCCAAAAAGACACUACUUUCACCAAGAUCUUCGUGGGUGGUUUACCCUACCACACAAACGACGCCUCGCUGAGAAAGUACUUCGAAGCGUACGGCGACAUCGACGAGGCGGUGGUGAUAACGGACAGACAGACGGGGAAAUCCAGAGGAUACGGCUUCGUGACCAUGACUGACAGGGUGGCAGCAGAACGAGCCUGUAAAGACCCAAACCCUAUCAUUGACGGUCGGAAGGCCAAUGUCAACUUGGCCUACCUUGGGGCCAAGCCACGCAGCCUUCAGACAGGAAUAUCUCUAGGUGUGCAGCCCAUCCACCCAACACUUAUUCAAAGACAGUAUGGACUGGUCCCGCAGUAUGUCUACCCCCAGGCCUUCAUCCAGCCCAGCCUUAUGCUCCCUUCUCAGGUGGCCUCCUCUGUUAGCUCUCCUUACCUGGACUACAGUGCAGCCUACGCCCAGUAUGCCUCGGCAGCCUUUGAGCACUACCCUUAUGCCUCUUCUCCUGGCUUUGUGGGAUAUGGCUACACUGCUGCCACACCCACUGGGGGUCCCACAGCCCCUACCCCAGCCCAGACCUUGGCUAACGCAGCCACUGCCACCCCUGCCUUCAUCCAGUAUCCUCCACAGCAGCAUCUGCAGCCUGAGCGGAUGCAGUGAGCGAUCAAGCCACGUUUGGACGUAAUGCUCCACGUGGGCCCUGAGAAACCUGAGGAUAGACUGUUGCACUGUCAUGUCAGGAUUUUUUUUUUUUUUUUGCUCCAUCCUUGGAGCCUGGAAAACAGUGAAACUGUGCAGUGGCUUCAAAGGGCUUCCAGAAGCACUGAUGCCAUUUUUUUUUUUUCCCCCUUCCUCUCAAUUUCCUUCAAAAUUAUUAAUAUUGUUACUAUUAUUCAUGUUACCAUAAGCUUUAUUAUAUUAGUGUUUCUCUUUGUUAGUGUCUGUAUUUAAUGUGCUCACAUUGUUCAGAUCAAUCAAAGUAAGGUGCCUGGUUGUGGUUUAGUGGAUGUAGAGUAGGAAAGGGAGCGAAAUAUACGUAUAACGUGAACACUCAGUGGUGACUCUCUAGAAGGUGUAAUGGGGUAUUGCUGCUUAAGAUACAUUGAGAGAGGAUUUUUAGAAGGGAAGUCUGAGCUUAUGAGUAGAUGACCAUAAAAUCAGGGGAAAGGUAAAGGAAGGACAAGAGAAGCACCCAAUAUGCAUCUUAAGACCGAGGGUUCUUCAUGAGUUUAAAAAGGACAAAAUGGAGAACUUCGACUGAAGAUUCUCAAAAGCUCCUAGGACUACUUUUUUAUAAUAUCGAGGCCUUAAAGCUAGAAUGUCCGUUUAAAUUUGGAACAUUUUAACAUUUGUAUACAGGGUUAACUGUGAACAAGCUACAAAUUGCUUCCAAACAAAAACCCAGUCUGCAGUCCUCAGGCAUGUUGAAGUCCAAGGACUAGGUAUGUGGUAUUUUAGAAUAAGGGUGCUAAUUGAAGAUCAGCUCUUUGAUCAUGUUUAAGUUGAUGGAUGUGACUAAAUGCCAUAAAGCAAAACUGAUCUAAAACGGGCAUCGUGUUCAGGAGAUGCUGUGCAUGUAGCCCCUGGUGGAGAUAAUCAUUAUAUGAUGCAGUAAGCACAAGAGGGAGCAAGCAUUGGGAUUAACAGGUAUGGUAGCUGACACUGAUACCUAUGGUACAUCAGUUUUGUGUAACUGUUAAAACUGAAAUUAUUGAAUGUCUUCUGCUUUUUAGACAUUCAUUAUGUAUAGCAUUUUCAAAAUGUUGCCACAAUUGAGUGCAUUUUGCAGUAUUUAUGUUGGUAUUUAAGUGAUCUGUGGUACUAUUGCUUUGUUUUACAGACUUGUCUCAGCAAGCCCAGUGUAGGCAACACACAAUGUUUUAGGCUCCUGGUCACUCAAAGAGAAUGUGUAAAUAAUUGAUUUAUCAUUUACCCCCUCCCCCCUUUUAUUUGAAUUAUUUCCUCACAGGCUAUUAAUCUACAUGUGCACCUGAAAUUUUUUUAUUUUUUUUUUCUCUUUUUUAUUUUACAGUUACACUAUUGAGUCGCAGCUUGCACCUGCUGGCACAUAAUUGCUCCAUGAAGCAUUUUUAUGUCACGUCAUUUCAAUAUCUGCAAUGAAAGCCAUACCAAGAAAAAUCUUGGGGUAAAAUAAAGACUUUAUACUCAAA